AGGUGCUUUCUUUCCCUUCCGGCGCAGUGGAUUGUAGCCUGUCAUUUGUCAGGCGUCAGGCACCAUCACAAUCAAAUUCGUCCCACGGAAUCUAUUGAAUCUAUCAUCCAGUAAAAUCUCAUCCUCGUCUUUCAAAAGGAAACGAGCCAAAUUUCAGUAAACGCGGUCUACAUUUUUCGUCAGACCACAUCAACCAUGACAGCUUACAGGCCAGUCGAUUCAAAGAGGGAGGAGUAUCGCAAGUACUUGGAACGAGCUGGCAUCAUGGAAUCGUUAACAAGGGUUUUGGUUUCCUUGUAUGAAGAACAAGACAAAGGAAUAGAUGCUUUGGAAUAUGUGCGGAGCCACCUCAUGGAGAAUCACCCAAGUCAGAAUGCUAAUGAGGAAGAACUUCGAGCACAAAUUUCAAGACUUGUCUCUGAAAACAAUAUGCUUCGCAAACGUCUUAGUCAAUAUGAAGAUGUUCCCCCUCCCAUAGCAAUUGUGUCGCCUAUGAAAACACUCUCUCUUCAGGACACUGAUCCUGGAUCAGCACACACUGGGCAAUCCAAGACAUCUGCUCAACAUGGCAGCUCUCCAUCUGAAAAGCAAUCUGAACAUCCACCUUCCACCACUUCAAGUCAAAAGGAAGAAUAAUGUGCAAUCCAUUUUGGAAACUCCUGUGAUAUUUGUAACUAAGACUUUAUUGUUUAUUUCUCAGUUAAUGUGUAUUGCCAAGCAAGUUGCUGUGCCGCAUCUUUGCACAUCUCGGCAAUCUAGUUGCAAAUAGGAACAUUGAGCAUUCACUUUUUGUGACUUUGGCUCUUGGAUUAUUAAUUUUUGUUUUCCGUAUGUUUCGGUUGAACUUUGAGUAUCAUUUCCCUACAGUUUGUUUGGAGCAGAAAACAAAUUCACUGUCAGUGAAGUCACUGGAUUCUACUCAAAUUUAGUUCCAUCCCCCGCGUGCAGUUUUAUAUCUGCAGCAGAAUGGUUUUAUUUUCAUGCAAGUAUGUUGGGCUUUUGUUAAUUUACUUUCGGAAGGGUAAGCACCUUAAUGUAGGUGCCUCAAAUUAAAUUUUUGGCAGGAGUUUUUGUAGUUAGAACUUUCACUUGAAAAUAGAAAAUUAACAAGUAGCAAAUAAAAGAUUUAAGUUGGAAA